AUGGGGCGGUCCUCCUCAGUGCGCUCGUUUUAUUACUACUACCGCCCGCCUCCUGCGUCUCUCAUACCCGCACACACUCGUUCAUGCCCGGUGAGCCUGAUGUCGGUCUGCUCCUCUUUGUCGUUCCAGCUGCAGCAACAGCAUCAGACCUGCCAUCAGACCUGCCCCUGUGCAGCCUGGAAGCAGCGGCUGGACGCUCACACCGGUGCAUGGAACACAGCCCUUUGUCCGCCCUUCAUCAGGUUAGGUGUGUCAAAGAUGGAGAAUGGUCUGUUACCGGCUUCGGAGGAAGAGUGCUUGUGGGACAAAGUGGACUGCAAACGCUACGAGCUUUGCCGUAGCAUCUUGCCCUCCAAACUCUGCCCGUACCUGCGGCAGUGCAAAGUCCUGGACGAGCAGGACGAAGACGAGGUGCUCAACUCCCUCCGGCUGGUGUGCAACGUAAACCGCACCAGCCGCUUGCUGGACAUCCUCCAAACCCGAGGAGAGCGGGGAUAUGUGGCCUUCCUGGAGAGUCUGGAGCUGUACUAUCCUGAGCUGUACAAACUCGUGACCGGGAAGGAACCCACGCGCCGCUUCUCCACCAUCGUAGUGGAGGAGGGUCACGAGGGGCUGGUGCACUUCCUGAUGAACGAGGUGAUGAAGCUCCAGCAACAGUCCAAAGUGAAGACCCUGCAGCAGGCCGAGCUCCGCAGCAAGAACUGUACUCUGGAGGACGAGCAGAAGAAGCUGCGGCUGGUCAACCAGGAGCUGCAGGCGUUUCAACAGCGGUUCAACAAGUUAAAAGAAGAGAGAAACGCCUACAGUGAUGAGCUGCUCAGAGUGAAGGAUGAAAACUACAAACUGGCCAUGCGCUACGCCGCUCUGAGUGAGGAGAAGAAUAUGGCCGUAAUGCGGAGCCGGGACCUCCAGCUUGAGAUCGACCAGCUGAAGCACCGGCUCAACAAGUUGGAGGAGGAGUGUAAGAUGGAGCGCAGGCAGAGUCUAAAGCUGAAGAAUGACAUUGAGAACCGGCCCAAGCGAGAGCAGAUCCAUGAGCUGGAGAGGGAGAACGAGAUGCUGAAGAUCAAAGUCCAGGAGCUGCAGUCUAUCAUACAGCCUGACAUUGUGCCGACGUCGGACAAAACCAUCCUGGACAUUCUGGAGCAUGACCGCCUAGAGGCUCUGGAGGACCGGCAGGACCUGGUGAACCGUCUGUACAACCUGCAGGAGGAAGUGAGGCAGGCGGAGGAGCUAAGGGACAAGUAUCUGGAGGAGAAGGAGGAACUGGAACUCAAAUGCUCCACUCUUCAAAAGGAUUGUGAAAUGUACCGCAACAGAAUGGACACCAUCACUAUUCAGUUAGAGGAAGUGGAGAAGGAACGAGACCAGGCUUUCCGAUCCAGAGAUGAAGCGCAGCACCAGUUUUCCCAGUGUCUGAUUGACAAAGACAAAUACCGUAAGCAGAUCAGAGAGUUGGAGGAAAAGAGUGAUGACCUUCAUGUAGAGAUUGUUCACAAAGAUGCCAAAAUAAUCACCCUGGAGUCUCGUCUGCGGCGCCUGGGAAAAGACCAUCCCCUGGACCAGAUCGACAAGAACGUGACUUUACUCAGAGACUUUGCCCCAAAGAGCAUGUCUGAGGAGGAGGAGUUUAAAGCGGCGCCCUGUCAAACAGAAUGGUCCAGUGACGAGUCGCCGGAGGAGAAGUUCUUCACUGAAGAUCACCGCUUCAAGCGCAGACCCAACAUCAAAGCUAUGAUCAGGGUCAAGUCGCCUCUUCCUUUCAGAGAGCAUCAAACUAACUCUGAAACGACUCCUUCUGCAGUCAACGGAGGUGAUUUCUUAGGGGCGCCAACAAAGACCUUGAGCGCCUCUGCUCCCUCUUCUCCCAGUUUAUCAGUGUGUCCCGUAUUCCCACCCAGCGCUGCUCCCUCCUCGUCACCAAAGCCCCUCCCCCUCAUUGUGGACCGGCCUAACAUGUUGCGGUAUCGUAAUGACAGCAUCAUGUCCACCAACCCUGAGCCGCCAGACAAAGCUUCUUUGUAUCGCAGAGAGAGAGAAAAAGAGAGAGACUUCUAUCCUCGUAGAUACAGUCACUCAGACUUUGAUAGUGAUAACCAGGAAAUGGAUUUUGAGGACGAGGUGCAGUGUGGGCCGUCUUCUGUUCACUCCUCCUCCUCCUCGCAUCAGUCUGAAAGCAUGGACACGUAUGACCUGGAGCAGGUCAAUAAUAUCUUCAGGAAGUUGUCUCUCGAGAGGCCGUUUCGGCCAUCUCUGUCGUCCAUCACCAGAAUCAGCUCCACGUUGAAGCCCGUGCAGGAGGUGUCUCUGCUCGGAGACGAUCUGCUGAAGGACCUCACUCUGGUCGGAGGCAACGACAGCGGCAUCUUCAUCUCCUCGGUGACGGCGGGCUCAGGGGCCGAGGUGGCGGGGCUACGGGAGGGACACCACCUCCUCAUGUUGGAAGGCGUCGUCCGAGGAGAGAACCAGAGCGUGUCGUUGGCCACCAGCACUCAGGAGGAGGCUCACUGGACACUGCAGCGCUGCUCUGGCCUCAUCAAACUACACUACAGAUCAAACUACGACGCUUAUUGGAGUCUCCAGAGGGACAUCGCAGACGGACGGCUGGCCUCUGGGGAUUCCUUCUACAUACGCGUGAACCUCAACAUCUUCAACCACGAGAGCUGCUCCCUGAACGUGCGCUGUGACGAGGUGCUGCAUGUGCUGGACACCCGCUUCCAGGAGCGCUGCGAGUGGCUGUGCGCCCGCGUCGACCCGUACAGCGGCCUUGACUUGCCGGAAACAGGAAGCAUCCCAUGUAACUCCAGGGCUCAGCAGCUGCUUCUGGUAAAGAUACAAAAGUUGGUCAAUCGAGGCGGGAAAGAGGAGGCUGAAACCAACCGCAAUGCACGGAAUAAUAUUCCGACAGAAGAUCCAAGUUCCUCUUCAGACAUUAAAGCCAGCCCUCGUCUGUCCAAAGCGAGCAUCUUCAUCACACAAAUAAUACAGUUUGUCAGCAGGGUGGACACCAAAUACAAGCGCAUGAACAGCAGCGAGCGCGUCAGGCUGGUGAACUCCUGUGGCUCUCUGCCCAGACAGAGCCUUGAGACGCUGCGACCGGAGGACGCCAACCCGGACAAUGACUCGUGCAGAAGUUUAAACCUCAUCCCCUACAGCCCUGUCACCCUUCAGAAAACCCAGAGAAGGCGGCCUGUCCUGUUCACACCCUUCGCUUUGGCCAAAACCAUCAUCAACAGAAUCCUGAGCACAGCGGGAGGGACGGACUUCAGCGGCUGUAAAGCAGAGACCUUUACCAAAGAGGAGUUUCAGCUCAAACAAAGCGUGGAGCCCUUUGUUCACUUCACGGAGAAGCAGGCUGCGUAUGAAUGCAUCACUAGAGAAAACAUCGAAGCAGUGGCUGCAAAGGAAAAACACUGUUUGGUGGAGGCCGAGCUCAACUGUGUGAAAGAUCUUCUGAGGAGAGAGAUUUACCCCAUCAUCAUCUACAUUAAGAUCUGUGAAAGAAAUGUCAAGAAACUGAGGAAGCUGCCGGUGCGCCUAGAGCCAGAGGAGGAGUUUGUGCGCUGGUGUCGGGCCACAGAGAAGGAGCUGGAGGGGGUCCCGUGUCUGUACUGCUGCGUGGAGCCCGAGGCCUGGACUGGACAUGAAGACCUGCUCCGAGUCAUCAGGGAGCGCAUCGUGGACGAGCAGAAGAAGACCAUCUGGGUGGAGCAAGACAUGUUAUAA